GAGACACACAGAUCCUAUUGUUCCCAAUCAAUUACACAGGCGGCAGCACCCGGACACCGGCUCUGCUCCCGACCCUCAGCUCCGACCCCCAACCGACGACUCUUUAGCGCCCGCCUGACUUGCCUGGGACAGGCCCCGCCCCCGCACGGAACAUGCCGAGGAAGAAGGUGACCGACGGCUCCGGCCCGGGGAAUGGAGCAGCGCGGCCCGCGAACAGGAAGAAAGCCGCGGCCUCGGGUAAGAAGAGAUCCCGCCACGAGUUCAGCAGCGACGAGGACGAUCUGGACGGGAGCCCGGGCUCUGACGGAGGAUUCCAGGGCCACAACAACAAGAGGGGCCCCGCCAAGGGAGCGACCAAAGCGCCCACCGCCGUCAUUGUCACCGAACCGGAGCACAGCAAGGAGAAGAUAAAACUCGAAGGCUCCAAGGCUAAAGGUCAACUUUUAAUCUUUGGUGCCACCAACUGGGACCUGAUUGGGCGUAAAGAAGUGCCUAAGCAACAAGCUGCCUAUCGUAAUUUGGGGCAAAAUCUCUGGGGGCCCCACCGAUAUGGCUGUCUGACUGGAGUGCAAGUACGGAGUGUGGCCUCUGGUUCCUGCGCAGCUCACAGCUUGCUUAUCACUGUGGAGGGGAAACUUUGGAGUUGGGGGCGUAAUGACAAGGGACAGCUCGGACACGGAGAUAUAAAGCGAAUUGAUGUCCCUAAACUGAUCGAGAGCCUGAAGGGGGAGGUCUUUGUGCAUGCGGCAUGUGGGAGGAACCACACACUUGCACUGACAGAAAAUGGAUCAGUUUAUGCAUUUGGAGAGAAUAAAAUGGGUCAGCUUGGGCUGGGGAACAAGACUGAUGCUGUGCCAAGCCCUGCUCAGAUCCUUUACAAUGGGCAACCCAUCACCAAGGUGGCCUGUGGGGCUGAAUUCAGCAUGAUCAUGGACUGCAAGGGGAACCUGUAUUCCUUUGGCUGCCCUGAGUAUGGCCAGUUAGGUCACAACUCUGAUGGCAAGUACAUAGCCCGAGCCCAACGCAUAGAGUAUGACUGUGAGCUGAUUGCCCGCAGAAUUGCCAUAUUUAUAGAGAAAACCAAGGAUGGACAGAUUCUGCCAGUUCCCAAUGUGGUUGUGCGGGACAUAGCUUGUGGCAUCAAUCACUCGCUGAUACUGGAUUCCCAGAAGCGCGUCUUCUCUUGGGGCUUUGGAGGCUACGGCAGACUGGGACAUUCCGAACAGAGAGAUGAGAUGGUGCCGCGACUAGUUAAGCUCUUUGAUUUCCCGGGCCGUGGGGCAGCUCAGAUCUAUGCAGGGGCCACUUGCUCAUUUGCCGUCAGUGAGAUGGGGGGAUUAUUUUUCUGGGGCGCAACGAACACGUCACGUGAUUCCACCAUGUACCCUAAAGCUGUGCAAGAUCUCUGUGGUUGGAAAGUCCGAAGUUUGGCGUGCGGGAAGAGCAGUAUCAUUGUGGCAGCGGAUGAGAGCACAAUAAGCUGGGGACCCUCUCCCACUUUUGGAGAACUGGGUUAUGGGGACAACAAGGCCAAAUCAUCAACCACAGCUCAGGAAGUAAAAACCCUGGAUGGGAUCUACUCCGAUCAGGUUAUUAUGGGGAAUUCCCAUACUCUAGUGGUGGCGCGGGAUGAAACGGAGCAGGAUAAAGAGAAGCUGAAGAAACUGCCGGAGUACAAUCCCCGCACUCUGUGAUGCUGAGAGGCCCUCCUGCUCUGAAUCAAGAGGGUGGGAUUGAGAACGCCGAAAAUGCAAUAUUCCAACCACUCCUACUCCCUCCCCCCCUCCCCCACAUGGCCCACUUAGUGCUGCCUGCCCCAUAUUGUGGCGCAAUGUCUGGCGGUUCUCUGCAGCACUAAAACAAUUAAGGCAGCUGUAUCUCUUUAAGGGUACCAGGACUUUUUCUUAUACAUUCCUCCUCCAUUUGCUCUUAUUUCUGCAGUCUCCCUGAUGAUGUAAAAUGACAGCGGCGUCUUGAUGGGGUUAAAAUGUCCAUUUGGGUGGGGACAAAAGCCAAUUGUCUCAAGGGGCGGAGCUAGACUGGUACCAUAACCCAUAAUGCACUAUUAAUCUUUGCUACACUUGUCUCUCCCUGGCUGCAUUGUAUCCGACGACCCUAUGGAACCUACUGUGUUCCUGUUGUAAGGCGGUGUCUAGGUCCCAGUGGGCGGUGCUAACUGGCCCUGGUCUUGCCGGAAAAACGAGAAACUGUGCAACAAUGCUUUCUAUUUGUCUUCAGUUGUUUGGAACAGGUGCCUUGCGAAUGAGCUCUUGCAGUGUGCCCGGUCCCUCUGUCCCAGCCGUGCCGCACUUAUGGUGCCUUUUCCCCCCCUUUUUGCCCCACGUUGUGCCCCGUUACCCGCCCUGCUCCCUGGCUGUUACGAAGCUUGUUCUAUGUUAGUUUGUUUCAAUGUAAGACAUCAUCUCUGUGUAGAAAGACAUGACUGUGCCCAACUCUCUGAUCCCACCCACCAGCCCCUGCGCUACUGCUAUGGAGAAGCAAAACUUUACUCCUUAAUGCAUUCCUUAUUGGGGAACAGGAUUCCGGAAUCCCAGGUGAAAGUUUCCAGGGUUUUUUUUUUUUUAAACUUCCCAAAUUAUAAUGGAAGUGUCUUCCCACUGUUCAAGGGGUUAAGUCAUGAACUUGCUGAGUAAAGUAUAAGUAAACCUUAAGAAUAAAUUCUUAAAUCUAAAAAUUGAUGAGUGGGAUAUUCUAAGCACUUUUGUCAUGUACAUUCAUUAUUUAUGUUUAAUUCCAAGAUAUUAAGGGAUACAUGUACUGUUACUAUGAAUGAAUUUUGUUACAACAGCGCCACCUGCUGGUCAGUUUCCCACCAGUCUGACCAGCAAGUAGUCAAGGAAGUUGUCAGGAGAAAGAAAGAGGCUGAUGUUCUUCUGCUUAGGAAUAAAAUUAGAAACCUUUCUCACAUCUUUCCUAAACAGAAGAACAUCAGCCUCUUUCUUUCUCCUGACAACUUCCUUGACUACUUGCUGGUCAGACUGGUGGGAAACUGACCAGCAGGUGGCGCUGUUGUAACAAAAUACAUUCAUAGUAACAGUACAUGUAUCCCUUAAUAUCUUGGCAUUAAAAAUAAAUAAAUAAUGAAUGUACAUUAUAAAAGUGCUUAGAAUAGCCCCCUCAUCUAUUUUACAUUCACUUAUUUUAAAGGUUUACUUAUCCUUUAAUGGAGAUCCUCGGUCACCGAUGGGCAUUGAGUUAAUAAAAAGGUGACGUUGAAUCUAUUGGUUUAUUAUGGGAAGUUACAUGGUUGACUUAACCCUUUCACCUGUGUUUAGGUCCACUUUGAGUUCUGUAUAAAUGUUCUGGGAAAGCUGUUCUGUUUUUUGUUUGUUUUUUAUAUUGGGUUCUUCUCCCCUCCUCCAUUUAGGUGUAAGGUCCAUGUAGUUGGCAUUACUGUAUAUGGAGACUGAUUUAUCUAACCCUUGCCCAGGGAGGGUGAAAUUCCACCAAAAUACCCACUUCUGCUCCAGGCCCCUGCAUGUGUCUGUAGGCUAUAGGGUUAGUAUUUGAGAGCUGUGGCCCCCGGUGGUUUAUUUGGGGUCACAGCUCUGUCUUCCUAACAGGGGACUGGAAUCCUUUUCAUCUGAGGUUACAGGGUUAAUGGGUGACUGUUGUAUCUUUCGGUUUGAGUUUUAUAUUUCUCGAGUUCACUGUUUAAAUAAAAGACGUCUUUGUGUAUAAUUUCUA